GGCGACCGACAAAUCAUGUGACCAUCACGUGACCCCGGAGUGGGCCCAGCAGAGUGGCACCAACACAAGAGACGAGAGAACGCUCGAAGGGAUUCCCGACGCUGAUUGGUGGCGAGCAGGGUGACGUAAUGACGUUGCCAAGCGAAGGGACAUUCCUGCGGAUGGACAGUUGACACACUGUUUCAAGUUGACUUGGACAGGGCGGACAUUGACACAGCAGGCGAGCCGUCCAGGGACGGAUAAGACAAGUGCUAUCAUACACAGGAUGUUGCCUGGGUAUUUUUUAGGCUUAGAUUUUAAUCUGCUGAACAUCUGAGAUCGAAUUCAGCUUUUUGUUUAGCAGCGUGAGACAAGCUCGGUUGCCAGAGUGUUCAGGUGCAAUUUAAAGGAUUUGGGAACCGCGAGGACAGGAAAAUCCAGGAAUUGUUUUUUUUUUUUUUUUUUUUUUACGUCAUGCACUGUCACUAAAGUGUUUACCUCUGUCAGUUACUUAUUGUAUGAAAUCAAGAUUCCUAUCAAGUUACUGUCAGCUUUUAACUGUGCUUUUAUGGUCAACUGAAUGGAAGACUGUACAUUCGCAUAACCUUAUUUGCAUAGCUUAAGGUUUUCUAGAUUAGUUGUAAAAAAUUUGCCAUCGCCUUGAAUUUUAAAAAAUCAACAGCUGACAGUAGGUCAUCUAGAGAAAUCCCAAUGUCUUCGCGUAAUUAGGUUUGUAUGCUGGGAUCCUUGGUAGAUGUGACUUUGCUACAUUUUAACGCAUCAGAAUGACCUGAAUAGUGUGCCUUUUAUUUAUGCAAUUUUUAAAAGCUUCUGUCAAACGUCUCUGCACCCAUAAACUCUCAGUAGGAAGCCGUCUAUCCUCUUUGGAUUUAAUGGAAUGUUCUCAGGCAUUUUCGAGUUCGAUCAUUGCUCUGGGUAGACCCUGAGGUGCUCGGUUCGGCGUGGCAUUCGAGUCGUCUGGGAUAUCCCGGCUUAUUACUAUGCAGCGCUCCUCCGCUCGGGGUGCCAGCACUGACCCGGUCCACCGCAAGCGCUAAGCCAGUCACGCCGAGUUAGGCUUAUAAGACAGAUCUUUCCCCUGCGGCUCCCUCCCACCACUUGGGGGCCCCGGUCACUCAAGGAGGGAUGUUCGCGGCGGUGGAGCAUGGCGCCGUUCUCUGCAGCGACUCCAAUAUCCUGUGCCUGUCCUGGAAGGGCCGCGUGCCUAAGAGCGAGAAGGAGAAGCCCGUGUGCCGUAGGCGCUACUACGAGGAGGGCUGGCUCGCCACGGGAAAUGGGAGGGGGGUCGUCGGGGUCACUUUCACCUCCAGCCACUGCAGACGGGACCGGAGCACGCCGCAGAGAAUCAACUUCAACCUGAGGGGACACAACAGCGAGGUGGUGCUGGUGCGCUGGAACGAGCCCUUUCAGAAGCUGGCCACGUGUGACACAGACGGCGGUAUAUUUGUGUGGAUCCAGUAUGAGGGCCGCUGGUCGGUCGAGCUGGUGAAUGACCGUGGAGCUCAGGUUAGUGACUUUACCUGGUCCCACGACGGCACGCAGGCCCUCAUCUCCUACCGGGACGGCUUCGUGCUGGUGGGCUCGGUCAGUGGCCAGAGACACUGGUCCUCUGAGAUCAACCUGGAGAGCCAGAUCACGUGCGGCAUCUGGACGCCCGACGACCAGCAGGUGCUGUUCGGCACGGCAGAUGGCCAGGUGAUCGUCAUGGACUGCCAUGGCCGCAUGCUGGCCCACAUUCUUCUACACGAGUCGGACGGGAUCGUCGGCAUGUCCUGGAACUACCCCAACUUCCUGGUGGAGGACAGCAACGAGAGCGACACCGACUCGGAUGAUUAUGUUCUGCCCCAAGUGCACCACCUAAAGCCUCUGCUGACUGUCAGCUUCACAUCUGGGGACAUCAGCCUGAUGAACAACUACGACGACCUCUCCCCCGCCAUCAUCCGCUCGGGGCUCAAGGACGUCGUGGCACAGUGGUGCUCCCAAGGGGACCUGCUGGCGGUGGCCGGCAUGGAGAGGCACGGCCUGACCUCCGACCCCACGUGCGCCCCUCCAUUGCCCAGGAACGCCCUCGUGAAGUUCUACAACAUCCACGGAGAGCACAUCUACACGCUGGAGACGCCAGCUCAGCGGCCCAUCAGCACCCUGUGCUGGGGCCACCGGGACUCGCGGCUCUUCCUGGCGUGUGGGCCGGCGCUGCACGUGGUGCGGGUGGAGCACCGGGCGGCCAGCCUGCAGCUACUGUGCCAGCAGGGCAUCGCCAGCGCCCUACGGGACGAGAAGGACGUCGGCAAACUGACCGUGCCGGCGCGACUCUGCGCCUUUGUCUCGGCGGCCUUUGCCCCCACCAUCAAGCCGCCCAUUCCGGACCCCAACAACAUGCGCGACUUCGUCAGUUAUCCCACGACGGGUAAUGAGCGGCUGCACUGCACCAUGAAACGUACGGAGGAUAACCCCGAGGUAGGCGGGCCCUGCUACACCCUCUACCUGGAGUACCUGGGCGGCCUGGUGCCCGUCCUCAAGGGCCGGCGAAUCAGCAAGCUGAGGCCCGAGUUCGUCAUCAUGGACCCCAAGACCGACGGCAGGGCGGACGAGGUAUAUGGAAACAGCUUCAUCUCCUCCAUGAUCGACAGCUGCAACUGCUCCGACUCCAGCGACAUCGAGCUGAGUGAUGACUGGGUCGGAAAGAAGUCACCAAAGAUUUCCAGAGGAAGCAAGUCGCCUAAGCUACCCAGGAUCAAUAUUGACCCGAGAAAAUCUCCUAAGCUUUCCCGAGCGACACAGGAAAUAUCCCGCUCACCACGGUUACCGAUUCGGAAGCCCUCGAUUGGCUCUCCUAGUCUGACACGCAGGGAGUUCCCACUGGAUGACAUCAUUCAGCAUAAUUACCUUGCUCAGGUCACAUCCAACAUCUGGGGAACGAAGUUUAAGAUUGUGGGGUUGGCCUCCUUCCUGCCCACAAACCUAGGAGCAGUCAUCUACAAGACAAGCCUGCUCCACCUCCAACCCCGGCAGAUGACCAUCUACCUACCGGAGGUGCGCAAGAUCUCCAUGGACUACAUCAACCUGCCUGUUUUUAGCCCCAAUGUCUUCAGUGAGGAUGAGGAUGAUCUGCCAGUGACGGGGCCUUCUGGCGUGGCAGAUGACAACCCCCCAUGCACCGUUAACAUCCCUAUUGCCCCUAUUCAUAGCCCUGCCCAGGCCAUGUCACCCACACAGAGUAUCGGCCUAGUCCAGUCUCUGUUAGCCAAUCAGAACGUUCAGCUUGACAUCUUGACAAAUCCUACCGCGACUGCAGGUGUGGCAGGUGUCUCAGACCACAAUCAGGACACAGCACUGACAGCUCAGUAUUCAGUGCCCACGAGGUACUCCAGUCCUGGGCAAGUGAUAUUUGGGGGUCUGGAGAUGGGACGUCUCUUGGUUGGACCUCAGCAGCAGCAGCAGCAGCAGCAACAGCAACAACAUUCUCAACAUCAUCAACAGCAGCAACAACAACAUCCGCAACAUCAACAGCAGCAACAACAACAUCCGCAACAUCAACAGCAGCAACAACAACAUCCGCAACAUCAACUGCAGCAGCAACAACAUCCGCAACAUCAAUUGCAGCAGCCGCAACAUCCGCAACAUCAAUUGCAGCAGCCGCAACAUCCGCAACAUCAAUUGCAGCAGCCGCAACAUCCGCAACAUCAAUUACAGCUGCCGCAACAUCAAUUGCAGCUGCCGCAACAUCAAUUGCAGCUGCCGCAACAUCCGCAACACCAAUUGCAGCUGCCACAACAUCCGCAACACCAAUUGCAGCUGCCGCAACAUCCGCAACAUCAAUUGCAGCAGCCGCAACAUCCACAGCAUCAACUGCAGCAACAACAACAUCUACAACAUCAGCAACAGCAACAUCUACAACAUCAGCAGCAGCAACAGCAACAUCCACAACAUCAACAGCAGCAACAUCAACAGCAGCAACAUCAACAGCAGCAACAUCAACAGCAGCAACAUCAGCAACAUUCACAUCAACAUCAGCAUCAUCAGCCGCAUCACCAUCAGCACCAGCAUCAACAGCAACAACAUCCACACCAACAUCAGCAACAGCAUCAACACCAACUUCAGCAGCAACAUCAACAUCAGCAAAAUCAGCAACACCAACAUCAGCACCACCAUCAGCAGCAACAUCUACAUCAACAGCUGCAGCAUCAACAACUGCAGCAUCAUCAGCAUCAACAACUGCAGCAUCAACAUCACCAGCACCAACAGCAGCCACACAUAACUCAACAGCUGCAGCACCAUCAUCAGCAACAUCCACCCCAGCAACAGAUUCAGUCUCAGCAACAUCAACAGCAGCAGACGCACCAACAGUUUCAGCAGAAUCAACAGCAGCUGCUGCAGCAGCAUCAGCAGAUCCAGCAGCAGCAGCUGCAAAUCCAACAGCAGAUCCAGCACAUGCAACAGCAGCAGCAGCAGAUCCAGCAACAGCACCAACAGCAACUGCAGCAGCACCACCUGCAGAUGCAACAGCUUCAGAUUCAGCUGCCCCCACCACUUCCUUCUAGCCAGCCCCCAUCUUCUUUGCAUCAGCUCCAGGGCACGUUGCAGCUGCCCCACCCCUCCAGCGACCACAGUACAGAUCGAGGGGAGCAUGAACACCUGCUGAAGGUCAAGCCGCUGCGCUCCGUGCCGCAGCUCGCUGAUGGCGAUGCCUUGGUUUUUAGUGCCCCCCUGGAGCUCAGCAAGAUGAAUCCGCCUCCUCCCUACCCAGGCACAGUAGCCGGUGCUGUCGCCAUGGCAGCAGCCUCCACCAACCCUACAGGUGUGGCAGCAGCAGCCUCUCCUGCUGGUGCCUCACCUCUGCCGGUAGACCUCUGCCUGAAGAAGAGCGAGUUUUCACUGUACCCACCGGCCCCACCGUACCAGACUCCACUGGGCUAUGAGAGAAUCACCACAUUUGACAGCAGCGGCAAUGUGGAAGAGGUGUGCCGGCCACGCACCAGGCUUGUGUGCAACCAGAGCGUGUACACGCUGCAGGGCCCAGGCAGCUCUGCCACCCUGAGGGUCACAUCCUCCUCUGAAGGUAAGAAGGUGCAGCUCCCAUAUACAUCUGCCACACUCAACCGGCUCACAGUGCCACGCUACUCAAUUCCAAGCGGGGACCCACCCCCGUACCCCGAUCCUGCCAAUCAGACAGGUUCUGCGCGAAGCCCCAUACAGCGGAUAGACAGCAGCCUGAUCCAUGCUACACUGCGGCGAAACGGCAGGGAGAGGGAUGUGGUAAUCAAGGCCUCCCAGAUGAUGGAGGCCCAACGGACCUUACCUACCAAGUCCAAGGCCAGUGCACUAGCAGCCUCCUACCAGCAAAGGACCGCCACAGCCUUGUACACGUGUAGCCAAUGCAGCAGUGGUGGCACUAAUGGAGGAGCGACUGCAGCCAGUGUUGGUGGGGGCAGCGGGAUAACCGGGGGGACCAUCAUUCGACAGGACUUCCCAGUAGGGGCUGCGGCUCAGCACAGCACGGUAAUGGUGCACUCUGGCAGUGCCUCACCUCUCACCUCUCAGUCCUCGUACAACUUGCUGAGUUCGCUGGAUGGCAGCCGGGACCGGACGGACUACGUCAACUCAGCCUUCACCGAGGACGAGGCUCUCAGCCAGCAAUGCCAGCUGGAGAAGUCUCUGCGCCACAUGGCCCUGGGGGAAGUUGGCCUUACGGUGAAGCGGCCCCCGCCUUACCAGUGGGACCCAGCUACUACCGAGGAGAUAUGGAUUCCCCAGGAUCGGGCUACCCUUUCCGCACCCCCUGGGCCCCAUAAGCCCCCACCGCUCUUCCUCGGGCCUGCCCCACACGUGGACGUGUCCCGGCUGCCAUUCGUCCUCUCGCCUAAGUCCCCUACAAGUCCUGGUGGUGCUGCGGCCUUCCAGGCUGGUGGAUAUCAGGUCUCCAUACCCUUCCCUACAACCCCCAAUCCAUAUGGUGGGCCCCAGCUGCAGGCCAUGCCACCUCCCCCUCAGUCCUGCUCCCCCAAAGAAGUUGUGACACCCCUGCCCUUUCCUCAGCAGGACCCUGCCAUAGUGAUGCCACCUGGGUAUCCCCCAACUCUGGCCUGCUGCCAGCUGCCCCCAAUGUACCCAGGGGCCAGCUCUUGCACUGCUCUUUCGCUGCCCCCCAUUGCCCUGCAUCCUUGGAACCCCUAUAGCCCCUGCCCCCCUGUGCAGAAUCCCUCAGGAACCCUGCCCAGUAAGUCCCACCUGGUUGUAGAAAAGCCUGUCCUCCCACCACCUCCCCCAGCUGAGCUUCCGAACCCCACAAGCCCCCCAGAGGCAGUGGCAGCUGCAGCAGCAGCUGUGGCAGCAGAGACUACAGACAGCUUCCAGGAGGUGCUGUCCCUGAGUGAGAGUCCGGUGCCACAGAGAUCCGACAAAUUCGGAAAGAAGAGCCGCAAAAGGCUAGAUAGUCGUGCUGAGGAGGCCAGUGUGCCUGCCAUUACGGAGGGAAAGGCAAGGAAGGAGGGCCGCGUGCUUGGUGACUUCAACUCACUCAUCUCCAGCCCCAGGCUGGGCCGGGAGAAGAAGAAACCCAAGAACCAGAAAGAGCAACAGAAGUCCAAGAAGCUUAACAAGACUAAUGAGUUCCAGGAUAGUUCCGAGAGCGAGCCGGAGCUCUUCAUCAGCGGCGAUGAGCUCUUGAACCAGAGCCAGGGGAAUAAGAAGGGCUGGAAGAGCAAGCGCAGCCUACGCACGGCCAGCGAGCUGGAUGACUUCAAGGGCCGCAAGGCCAACGAGAAGGAGGACCGGGGCUUAGGCAGCCAAGGCUUUGUGUACGUCAUGGCAAACAAGCAGCCACUCUGGAAUGAAGCCACGCAGGUUUACCAGUUGGACUUCGGGGGAAGGGUCACACAGGAAUCAGCCAAAAACUUUCAGAUCGAGCUGGAGGGAAGACAGGUGAUGCAGUUCGGCAGGAUCGACGGCAAUGCCUACAUCCUGGAUUUUCAGUACCCGUUCUCAGCCGUGCAGGCCUUCGCCGUUGCUCUGGCCAAUGUCACCCAGCGGCUGAAGUGAGCCUCCACCUUCUGCUGGAAGAGAUGGGCACCGUGAUGUGGAAAAGCCAUUGUGGCCAAGCUGCUGUACCCAAAGCUGCAAUGGAGUGUGGGAUGGGUACUUUGGAUGUUUAGCAGGUGAUGGACGUGUCAUUUUCGGUCACCUUGUGGGACACAGGCUCCUCUUUCCGUGGCUGUUUUGCGGAUAGAUGCUGGCCAGGCUUACAGGGGCCAGUGGAAUUAGACUGUCCUCGUUACUGACUGCCUUACAUCAUUUGAUUUGUUUCCUAUGAAUACUGUUAGUUUUUUCAGUCUGGUUUUUAAAACACAAAACAGUAAUACUUGAAAAUUAUGAGUCGCUUACUUACAGACCUUACGCGUACUACUGGGCACUGAAGUCGUGAGCUGUCUGAAAAUAUCAGAACGUUGUGGUUACAGUUUUUAGCUUUACUCUAAACAGGUCACGUUUUGAACUGAAACGUUAUGCAUCUUUCAGAAUUUUUGGGUCAGCGAUUCUUUCGUUUAGGCCUGCUGGUUUAGUGGUUGCAGAGCGUCAAAGAUGGACAUUAAACAACCAUUUUGAACUUUCGAAACUGAACCUCAUGAUGUUUUUUUUUUAUUAUUAUUAUUAUUAUUAUUUUUAAGGUCCCGAGGGUAGUACUUGAAACAAAAAAAGAAGAAAGUAAUGUCAAAGAUGGUCUUACUUUUUUUUUCCUUGGAAGGUGUGAGUUUGCAGAAUUUGUCUGGAAAUACAGCUCAGCACAUUAACACGUUUCACGAUUUUGUUUUAGUGAGAUCUAUUUAAUUGUGUAUUGUCCAUAAUAUUUUAAUUGUAGUGGUAGGUAGUCCUUUACAUUUAUGUAGCAUUAAACAAUCUUAGUACCUUGUUUACAGAUGUUUUUGGGGGAGACAGGAGGUAAAUUAGCCUGUUUUAUUUGAAAGGUAAAAUGGUGGGAUGGAAGUGUAGUAAAAACUAGGGUUUGGUGCACAGUUGAUCUGGACUGUGUGGAGGAGGUGAGCAAUUAGGAGAUAGAUUUUCUGAUACUAAGCAGCUGCCACUUCUGUGAAGUGAUUUUGUUUUUUUUUCUAGGCACAUUUGACUUGUCUUUCUUGACAUGUAAGCAAGGUACAGGGGUUGUAUGUUUCACCUGUCAUUUCACCAUAUAAACACUUGUCAAAUACCAUUGUAUCAUUGUAAUGUGCCUAGCCCAUGAAAUUCAAUUGAGAGGAUGUUAAACGUAUAACUAAUAUGACCUUUAUAGUUCGUAAUUGAUGUGUGAUUGAGGCCACGGACAACUGUAGAGAUAAACCUUAAGAGCAGUUGAUGAAAGCCCAUAAAAUGGACCGUUUCGGACUACCCGGGAACACUGGUUUUUAAUUUGCAUAAUGUGUCACAUUGUUCCUUACGGCGUGCUGCCAGCUGACAAGGUGUCCAGGUGCUCGCGCUUCGGGUCACAUGACGUGCCACUCAUUCGUGGCUGUUCUUUGCCGUCCGAUCCUUUUCCCUGAGCCCUGAUCUGAGAUCAGCGUUAUUAGGUAAUGGGGAAUGAAACGAAACACAGUGGAGUAAGACGAGGGAGCAUUUCAGAGAGAUAUCAGACUCCGCAGUGUUUUAUUAGGUGUAUUGAAUCAUUUUGUUUCCUCAGGUUCAUGCUUUAAUACCACUGGAGAUCAGGAAAGCAGGGGGAAUGAUCCCUAAAUCAAUGCCAAAGGCUGAAAACUGUCAGGGGCAUGAAAGAUCUUUAUAUGUGCCGUGUACUGAAAUGCGCUUAAAUAGAUUUAUGUAUCGCCAACAUGCCGACUGACCCCCCCCCCCCCCCCCUCGUGUCAUGUGGUACCCAGUUCCAUUCACUGAGGUCCGCAACCCAACCUCAACCCGCUAACCACAACCACGGUCCUGUGUAAACGAGUAAAAUGUGCCAUUAUAUGUUCUUUUGGCAUCGCAUUCCCUGCGUGUUUCUUGGUGGCAUCGCAUUCCCUGCGCGUUUGGUGGUGGCUGGUUUUACUCCCGAUCCGGCACGGCACGCUGGAUGGGCAUACACGGUGCAUUUCUGGGCUGUGCGUCGCUCCAUGCAGAACUGUGCGCUGUCGUGUUGGGAUCGUACUUCACCAUACAAGAGCUUUCUGAUGACAUUCUGUGGGAGAGUAUCAGGCUGACCUGAAGGAUUUCUUUAUUUUAUUUUAAUUUUUGUUGGAAAGAAAAAAAGUCUUGUCAUGUUUGUGAUAAAUGAAGCAAAACGUCUAGCAAUUCAGUGUAAGCUUUGCGGCGAGGAAAGGACAGACUUUCAUCCGUAUGUUCGUUUGCUUUCGUUCCCCAGAUUGACCAUUUUAGUUGUGCAAUAUUUCCGACAAAGCUAAUUUCUUUUGCUGUUGCAUUCUGGCACUACUUUUUACAGGAGAAAAGUGGACGUGUAACGCGAACAUCUCAUUCAUAUAUUAGUCUUCACAUUUUAUUUAUACGGAUAUCUUAUGAUAGUUGAUGUAUAUAAUUUGUGGAUUUGCUGAAGAGUUCCUUGUGUUUAAACGAUCUGUUACCAGUGUAAUGUGGGGGGGAGGGGUUGACUUUGCCUGUUGUGUAAGACUGAUUGGGACGCCACAGGAAGAAAAUUAGUUGACAGUGUGUGCUUGAGUGUAGUACUUUAGUGUAGUUACACAGGACCUGUCUGUCCAGUAAAGUCUGUUAGUGUCCAUUGUGAGGUACACCGAUCCCAGUGUUAUAUCUAUAUAUACAGUAAAUAUAUUGCUUUUGUCAGCAUGAAUGCCAAACCAUACGAUUUUCUUUUUGAGAGUGUUCGUUUUACUUUUUCUUCAUUUUUAAGUAGUGCAUAUGGCACGUUCACAUGACGGUUGAUAAUUUUGAUUUUAAGGCAACUUUUACAAUGACGUUACUGGUUUUUGGAUUUUUUCCGCUAUUGACAGCCUAAAAGGUGAGCUGCGUAAGAAUUAAGGUUACCUUAUUAAAAUCCAACCGAUGAAGUAAUCUGUACUGGACAGUGUAGAAUGUGGCAUUCAUUUGAUAUAACCGUGCUUCAUAGAUGUAGGCUAAAAGUAAAAUACUUGAAAAAAACCAAAAUAAGUUUUUUUUUUUUGUCAGAUUUGAUAACUGAAUGUUAUAGUUUGUGUUAAUAAGGCAUGCCAUUUAAGUUAUUUCGCGGUUAUGUAUGUUUUACGUUAUUUUAGAAAAACGUGAUGGAUGGUAAUAAGCAUGAAUUUGCUGUCGGUUUCAAAGACACAGGCUGCUGUGGCUAAAUCUGGAAACGGCAUUUGUGUUUGGUUAUAAAUACAUUGUUUUUUUUAGUUUACUAGAAGAGCGGUCAUUCACAUGAAUAAGAAGUUUUCUUUGUCUUUAAACCGUUUACCCACAAUGCACUUGGGUUGGACCAGGCUGUAGCUGGUAAGGGGGGAGGGGGGUUGUGACUCUUGUGGGGUGUCCAUAUUGAUGCUGACUUUCUCCAUUUGUAAAGUACUGUCUGAUAAAGAGGAAUGCUAAAAUGUCCUUUUUGUGUUUUCUUUUCCUUUUUCUUCCCAAUAUGCAGACCUAAAAUGGUACAAUUAUAACUAAUGUAACUGGCAGGUGCCAGGUUUUGUAUUGUACUGUAAAACGAACGUUUUGUUUAAUUGAGUUUUGUUUGUUUCCCUAGAAAUGGAGUUGUCAGUUGUUCAGCUGUUGCUUAAUAAAACGUGCAGGUUGAUAAUUUC